CGGCUCUCUCUCUCACUACUGCCUUUCUCCCUCUUGCUCUCUCUUCCUCUGUUCCCUUUCCAGCCUCUCUCUCCCUCCCUCUCCUAAUUACCCUCUCACUUCCCUUUUUCGCCUGGCUUCCGUCUUCCACCUCCCUCAUCGCUCCUUUGUCCUCUUUCCGGCGCUUUUCCAGAUGCCCUCGAAAUGAUCGACGGGGAGAAUGGGGUAGCCGAAUGAGGACGAGGGGGAGAAGGGGUGAAGGAGGAGGAGGAGGAGGAGUGGUGGGAGUGGGAGGUUGUGGCUGCGGUGCGUCUGCAGCCGGGCGCAGAAAGGGGGGAAGGGGGGGGAGGGGAAGCCUGCGCAGGGGCGGUGGAGGGGCGACGCAUCCACAGAAGAGCAGCGGGACAAAAUCCAAAAAUAGACACCACCGUAUCGCUCCGAUGAAAAAAUCGAUCCGCGUGGUUGGCGCGCUGACGAGCGCGCGGCAUCUCUGGCGGAGCUCGUGGCAUGUGCUGUCGGUAUCCCGACAAUCCGUCUGGAUCUCCGGCCGGCUCCUUUUUGCAAACGUUUCGCGCCAUCUCUCUUGCCGCCAAAACCAUAACCGCUCACAAAGCAGUUCGCGCCAAAAUUUUGACUCGCGACGCGACGAAGAGGAUAAGAAAGAGCACGUAGAGAAGGGCGCGGCGGAGGGGGAGGAGGGCGCGGAGGACGUCGACGCCCCCUGCGGGAGGAGGGAUGCAGUUGCAGUAUCGUCAUUCUCUCUCUCUGCGGAAACCGGCGGAGGUUCCGGCCCCACUUUCAUCAGCACGGACGACGAAGAGGACGAGGAAGAGGAGGAAGAGGAGGAGGAGGAAGGAAGAGGCACAAAAGGUAUCACCCAACGAAGAAUGAGAGAACAAGAAUGGAGGAGGAAGGAUGAAGAAAAAGUAGACAUUGCCGCGCCGUCCAUGGAAACAGCGAUGGUGGAUGAUGAGGGGAUGACUACUGCUAAGGGGAAAGGCGGGAAGGAGGAUGUGGAGUUGAUUGGUGCUGUUGCUGAUGAUGAUGAGGAGGAAGGUAAGGGUUUUGCGCCGCGCGUCGGUGAAGGGAACGAGUUUGAAUCCCGGUGGCACGUUCCACCGUCAUUGAGGGAUGAUGACGUGGCAGCACGUGAGGCGACCAUUCGAGGAAUGGUCGCACGUUCUUCGAUGGACGAUGACUCGCCAGUGACGGCGACUUGCAAUGGCAGCAGCAGCGGGAAUGGACACGUGGCACGCGGGAGGAAUGGACACGUGUCGCACUUCACAAACGACAAGCAGGUCGUGGACCUCGGUCUGGACAAGGGCGCAACGACAACGUGCUCUUCCGUCGAGCCCGCCGGCGCGUUCGGCGCGCAGGGGACACCUGCCGCUUCCGCACACCUCGACCUCGGUAUGCUCAGUCAUCGGGAUCGGGAGAGAGGUGAUAACGAGCCGUCGCUUCUCGUCUUCUCCGGUGGUCCUGCUGUGGGAGACAUACGUUCACGAUGUCUGCGGUUGGCAGAUGAGAGUUCGGCAGAGGCAGUGGCGGUGAAGAAGCUCUUGGGGCAUCGACUUCCAUUAGACCCAUUGAAGGCAAAGGCAGAGUGGUACACAAUCGUUGAGGGCGAACAUGAUCUCUGGAAGGGUGUGUCGGAUCCGUACAAGGACACAAUCCGCGCAUUCCUUGUGCAUUUUCACACACAGGUUUCCCAAUAUCAUGAUCAUGAUCAUGAUAACAUCACAAUCGAACACGCAUGCGUAGCAAGUACACUUAGAAAAUAAAGGUUCUUCUUCCAGAAUGGCAGUGUCGGGAAUUUCUUCUUCGCAGGGGCCCGUAUGUUCUUCUGCUCGUUGGAUGCCGCGAUAUUUGUCUUCUCCAGAGUUGGCCAGAUUCCACCGGAGAGUUUGGUGUUGCCAGUUAUCUGCACAAACGAUCGACUGACACUUGGUGCAGAAUUACAGGAUGGAUCAGUAAUCAGGGGCCAGAAUGAAAUCUCUCACCCCUCGACAGAGAAGUCGUUGUGGCGAAAGCUGCCGUCAGGUGCAUCGGUGUUUCCAGUUGUCAAUCCUCGUGUAACUGGGCAGCUCCAAUGUGUCGAUAUGAUUAUCUUCGGGAUGGGAUCACUAUACACGAGCAUAUGUCCAUCGUUGAUUCUGAGAGGCGUUGGAGAAGUCAUAGCCCAAAGGAAUUGCCCCAAGGUUUUAUGCCUGAAUGGAUCGCAUGAUCGAGAAACAAGUGGGAUGGCUGCAUCCGAGUUUGUGAUGGCUAUCUGCAAUGCCCUUAAUCGCACAUAUGGCGAGCACUCUGCUCAUCGCCUGCACAAUUCGCCGUCGGAUUAUGUGAAUGUUGUCCUGGCGCCCAUUGGCGGAGACGUACCCAUAGACACGGAUAGACUUUCGGCUAUGGGCAUCUCGAAAGUGAUAAUGGUCGAUUCUUAUAAGAGGACUUUCUCGAAAGGUAAUCGUAGUAAAACCCAAGAUUGGUCGGCAAAGAAGGGAGGGGAAAGCGAGAGUGGAAUGCUGCCGUCUGUCCGCGUUAGGACGUUUGAACGACUUCCGCGGAGGCUGUUAAGACUCUUGGAGGAGGAGCCCAGACGCCCUGGAAGCCGCGGCUACAGAGUUGGCGGACAUACUUCUGCUCUCUUCUGCAUACGAUGUACUUCUCACCGUAUGGCGGAAAUCUCAAAAGAGAAGGCGUGUGUGCUCCUUCAAAACCACGUGCCGUUUACUUUGCCCAGGGUGUUUUGGGGACCGUCGGCAGACGGGAUGGAGCGUAAAUCGACUCUGCAACAACAUAUUGCGGUGUCGAUUCUGAGAAUGGGGCAGUUUAGCCCCUGCUGCAUUAGGAUUGCAGUUGUUGACAUCGUCGGGAUGGUAGUGAUUAUUCUCCCGGCGAAAGGUGAUUAAUCCCCCAGCCCAUCGGUAGAACGCGAUUACUCUCCAUGUCAUUAAGAAAAGGGGAAAGAUAGGGACCAGACGGAACAGAUUGUCCGACUUGUAGAAUGAACACUGGGCCAACGCACACAUGGGCGCUCCCCAGGACGGGCAAAUUGAAUCAGGCGCGAAGCGGUGAAAGUCGUCAGCUCGACUACACAAAAAGCAGAGGUCCAUUCUGCUUCGAUAGUCCAGCUCCAUAGAAUAACGGCAGUGUUGCCCGGCUGUGCACCAGCCUCGAGGUCCAUUCUAUGUGAUAGACCAGGUGCAUGGAAUAGCAGUGCCAUUGACUGAUUGUUGCGCCAGCUCGAUUCUAUGUGAUAGACCAGGUCCAUUGAAUAGCAGUUGGGGCACCUUGCUAUGCACCCGGUCUAUUCUUUCUGUCUAUGAUGUCAUAGAUCAGGUCCAUAGAAUAGCAGUUGGGCCGCCUUGCUGUGCACCUGGUCUAUUCUAUCGGUCUAUGUGAUUGAUCAGGUUCAUAGAAUAGUGGUCGCGUCACCUGACUGUGCACCUGGUCUACUCUUUGUGAUAGACCACAGCCGUACGAUGAAAACUGCUCGGUCCAGGAAGGUCCAGAAGACCAGAUCAGAGUGAGCUUAGGCGAUACAUCGUUUGGCCGAAAGGGUGAGUGUGAGAUGCGGAACCGUCUUCUUGCCGUUUCACCCAAAGAGCAGGGCCCAACUCAAGUACCGCAUAGCGUUAAAGGCUAGUAAAGCACUAGUACCUAGGGAAAAGUGGACGUUUUCCCAAACUCCUAAAAUGUCGGAGGCCGGGCCCGACGACGGCUGCCAUUGAUAAAUCUGAUUGGCGGCCGUCGUUUCGUUUCCGCCUCCGAAAAGGUAGGAGGCCCACCCGAGGCCCGCUAUUUUCCCACGCGCCAAAGGUACUAGUGGUACACCUAACAGAUUGGGACUGAGGCACAGACGGUUUGGCGGAAACAGUCUCAGAUAACGACCACACAGUCUGCAUACGGCGAAGUCACUCAUGUACCCGUGUCAUCCAAAGAGCAGGCGUGAACUCCAGGUUGGCAGCAGAGUCCAACUGACCAGAGAGUCAGAGUCUGACAGACUGCAGCAGGCUCCCUCCUGGUGAUUAAGCUCCAGUUUAAGCUCCUUUUUUUUUUUUUUUUUUUUUUUUUUUUUUCUUCAACUUGGAGCUCCAGUGGAAGCUUGUUUUUUAAACUGGAAGGAAAUUUGGCUUCGCGGUAACCGUCCCAGCUAAACUACCACAUAGUCUGCAUAUAGAUAACUCGGUUGUUUACCCCUUUCGUCUGACGAGUAGGGCCGCACUCCAGGUCCGCUGUGGAGUUAGACUGGGUAGCGGCACAGCUGGUUUGGCGGUAAAAGUCCCGCGUAACAAGCACAUACAGUCAGGAUAUGUUUCGUUCAUAUACCCCUCUCAUCCAAAGAGCAGGCUGCGUCAGUUCGCCGACUUUCUGCGCAGGUUAAAUCACGAGUCACUCUCAUCGCCUUCUCCUGUUCGUCAUCCUCCUCACCCUACUCCUCUUCCUCCUCCCAGAACUUGCUUUCCUUUACACGCGCCUUGCUUGUUCGUCUCCUGAUCAUGUUGCUCUCAUCCUCUGUGAAUAGGUGUAGUCGUGUAGGAGCAGAAGAGGCGGUGACCGUGGUGCUAUUUGUUCAUCAUAGUUGUCAAGUUCUGGGUAUGGCUUGUGUGUCCUUUGCCUUCCUUCCCAGGACUGGCUUUCUGCUUGCCCUCCUCGUCCUCCUCAUCAUCUGUGUGCCUCAUCUCCCCUUUCUCCUCUCCUUCACACGGGGGCUACAAGAAGUGAGGGAGGAUCCAAGGAAGUCGUGAUAUGCGUUCAUCGCAGCAGUUGUGGUCUGGCAUGACCGGAGCCAUUUCUGUACGAGGCGACUGUUGGCAGCUGAUGGAGUCAUGGCAAGGCACUGCAGGGGUACUGCAGUUCAGGCCCUGUGCGUUAGGGUGUGGUUCGACACCCAUGGAGAGGAGACCAUCGACCGAACUACGACUACUACAGAACCACUACCGGACCACUACCGGACCAUUACCGGACCACUACCGGACCACUACCGAACCACCACUCAAUCGCUGCUGCACCACUACUGCACCACUACGGGACCAUCUACGGGACCAUCGACCGGAAUACGACUGGACUACUACGACCAUUACUGGACCUCUACUGGACCAGUACUAGACCAGUACUGGACCACUACAACCAGUGCUGGUAAUGUCAAUCGCUCUGGCACCACUAACGGACCACCAGCAGACCAUCUACCCGACCACUACUAGACCAUCUACUGGACCAUCUACCAGACCGUUUACCAGACCAUCUACCGAACUACUACUGGACCACUAUUGGACCAUCCACUGGACCAUCUACUGGACCACUAUUGGACCUUCCACUGGACCAUCUACUAUUGGACCACUAUUGGACCAUCUACUGGACCACUAUUGGACCAUCCACUGGACCAUCUACUGGACCACUGCACUACUGGAACAUGCCAGAGACGUGUACCAGAGAUGUUUACCAGAGACGUUUAUACCAGAGACCAUCUAGCGGACCACUAUCACAGCACAAUGGGACCAUAGCGGACGACUAUCACAGCACAAUGGGACCACUUGCUGGACCACUACGUGGUUACCGGGCACAUGUUUUUGUCUGGUUGUGUUCAAAUGAGACCCUAUAACUACCAGAGGAUGUAGUGUUUUGGGCCAUCCUGGUCUGGUUUGUCCAACGGACAGGGCUCUGAUUACCUCUGAUUUGACUGUCCAUGGCUCUCAAACAAACACUCCUCAAAUAUGUAGGGGUCACCAGCAUGUUUCAAGCAGCUGGCUCUGAUUUGAGAACAAGUCUAUGCGGAGGGAGAAGAGCUUCGAAGAUCGGGAAUGAAUGCAGUGCAGCGUA